AUGCAGCACUACGGGGUGAAUGGCUACUCUCUCCACGCCAUGAACUCACUGAGUGCCAUGUACAACCUUCACCAGCAGGCGGCGCAACAGGCCCAGCACGCACCUGACUACAGGCCCUCAGUGCAUGCCCUCACUCUUGCAGAGAGACUGGCUGACAUUAUCCUUGAGGCCCGGUAUGGCUCCCAGCACCGAAAGCAGCGGCGCAGUCGGACAGCCUUCACCGCUCAGCAGCUGGAGGCCCUGGAGAAAACCUUCCAGAAGACCCACUACCCUGACGUGGUGAUGCGUGAACGUCUGGCCAUGUGCACCAACCUGCCCGAGGCACGCGUCCAGGUCUGGUUCAAGAACCGCCGGGCCAAGUUUCGUAAGAAGCAGCGCAGCCUGCAGAAGGAGCAGCUCCAGAAACAGAAGGAGGCAUCCGGAGCUGCGGAGGGCUCGACAGAGGACUCCAAGACUGACCUCGCCAACACCACCACCACCACCCAGGUUCCCGAGGCCCACACUCCUCCCCCUCCCUCCUCCUCCUCAUCCUGCCACUCGGAGACGGAGAGGCUGGCGGCCGCGCGGCCCCAGCCGGGAGAAAUGAGCGUGGAAGUCAACGUCACCUCCCCUGAGCCGUCGGACAGCGAGUCAGCAGCGGAAGAUAACCCUGACAGGGAGGAGGACGAAAUGAGAGGGGAGACGAGGUUGAAGAGCAGGGAGGAGGUGCAGGGGGAGGGGGGAGCGCAGCCGGGGAGCAGCUCCCCAUCCGGCAAACGGCUGAGCCCCACAGCAGACUCUCCCCUGAGCUCGCCUGCCUUGCCGUCCUCCAGCAGCGCCACCAGCAGCCUGGCUCAAAGCAACUCCUACGCCUCUUCUCCUCUCAGCCUCUUCCGGCUGCAGGAGCAGUUUCGGCAGCACAUGGCCGCCACCAACAACCUGGUACACUACCCGUCCUUCGACAUGGGCACGCCGUCCUCUCUGCCCUACCUGGGCAUGAACGUCAACAUGCCGUCCCCACUGAGCUCGCUGCCCUGCCAGUCCUACUACCAGACCCUGUCGCAGGCCCAGCAGGUAUGGAACAGCCCGCUGCUGCAGACGGCGCCGGGCAGCCUCCCCGGAAGCCUCAACAGCAAGACCACCAGCAUUGAGAACCUGCGUCUGAGGGCCAAGCAGCAUGCAGCAUCGCUGGGAUUGGACACGCUCCCAAACUGA